ACUGGGAACACCAGGAGAGGCUCCCUCUGGUUAGUAAAUUAACAAGUGGGGUUCUGCCUUAUACACCAGUAGCUUGUGUGAGUUGAUCGCCCAGCCUGAGUGACUCCCAGUCCUCAGGAAAAUCUGGCUGUGAGAUCUGCAAGACUGAGCUUCACCUCGAGUGCGGCUUCCCCUGUGAAGACUUCUCUCUUAGAUCAAUAGGACUGAUGGCUCUGCUCAAACUUCUGGUGUUCUGCACCCUGGCUGCAUGCUGCGUGGCUCGCUCUCCUCCUGGGCCACCCCUCCCCCCUGCACCGCCCCUCACCGGCUCCCUACUUCUGGAUGCUCUGAGCUGUAAUGACUCCCAAGUGCUGGCAGUUGCAGGCUUUGCCCUGCAGAACAUCAACAGAGACCAAAAGGACGGCUAUGUGUUGAGUCUCUCCCGAGUGCACGAUGCUAGGGAGCACUACCAGGAGGACAUGGGAUCCCUGUUCUACCUCACACUGGAUGUCUCAGAGACUGGCUGCCACGUGCUCAGCAAGAAGGCACAGAAGGGCUGCGGCCCGAGGAUCUUGCACGAGUCAGUUUAUGGCCAAUGCAAAGCAAUGUUUCACAUUAACAAGCCAAGAAGAGUUCUCUAUCUACUUGCUUAUAACUGUACUCUUCGCCCAGUUUCUCAAAGGAAGAUUCAUUUCAUAUGUCCUGACUGCCCGGGUCCUGUUGACUUGUCAAGCCCCAGCGUUCUGGAAGCUGCCACAGAGUCGCUUGCAAAGUACAACAGUGAGAACCCCUCGAAACAGUACUCACUUGUUAAAGUCACCAGGGCUACUAGUCAGUGGGUGGUUGGCCCUGCUUACUUUGUGGAUUAUUUGAUCAAAGAGUCACCAUGUACUGAAUCCCAGGCCAGCUGUUCCCUCCAGCCCUCCGACUCAUCGCCCGUCGGUAUUUGCCAUGGUUCUCUGGUUCAAAUACCAGCUAUUAAAGCAUCAGGUGUGGUUAAAGAAAAAAGAAUCUCUGUGACUUGUGAGUUUUUCGAAUCUCAGGCUCAGGUUCCUGGAGGUGAUAACCCUGCUGCUACCCAGGAGCCCAAGAAACUCCCCACAGUGGACGAGGUCCCUCAGAAAAACACGGCCCCCACCAGCUCCCCCUCCAAGACUGCUCCGAGAGGAUCCAUCCAGCACCUCCCUAGCCUGGAUGUUGAGAAGCCCGAAGACUCUAAGGAAACGAGUCCCAGUCCCGUGGAAGCCUUUCCCGUGCAGCUGGAUCUAACCACGAAUCCCCAGGGGGAUAAGCUGGAUGUUUCUUUCCUCUACCUGGGGCCCGAGGAAAAGAAGCUGGUGGUGCUACCUUUCCCAGGAAAGGCAGGACGCUCCACCGAGUGCCCCGGGCCAGCAGAGGGGACCAAUCCUCUUAUCCUCCCACCCUGAGAAUCACAAACAGGGCUCCCCAUAGGGUGUAGUCCCCUGCACCAGAUGAGGUGGCAGGAAUGAGGAGGAGACAGAUGAUCAAAUGUAGAAAGGCUAAUAAAGUGCUUCCCUACUGCA